AUGUUUCAUAUUUCAACUGGUUGUAUAAUUGAUUGGGCAAGAUCAAGUCGAGACAAAGAAGAUGACAAUAAAUGGAGAUGUCCAACUUGUCAAAAUAAAACCGAAGUUAUGCCAUUCAAUUAUUAUUGCUUCUGCGGAAAACAACGAAAUCCAACGUAUCAAUUGGGAGAAACACCUCAUAGUUGUGGAGAUGUUUGUGGAGGAGCAAGAAAAUUUGGAUGUCCACAUCCUUGUGCUGAAUAUUGUCAUCCUGGACCACAUCCAGAAUGUCAACAACAAAUGGAAAAAUUAUGUAAUUGUAGAAAACUUGCAAAAACUGUGAUGUGUGGAAGUGGAAAUCCGAUUAUGUGUGAAGAUGUUUGUGGAAAAGUAUUGUCAUGUGGAAGUCAUACUUGUACCAAAAUUUGUCAUGCUGGAGAAUGUGAAGAAUGUACGCUAGUUGUAGAACAAGGUAGGCUUGAGAAAUGAUUUAUUCAAUUUGACACGUUGAAAUUGAACAUAUUUAUUUUCAGAAUGUUUCUGUGGCGAAUUAAUUCGUGAAGUCAUCUGCAAUCCUGAUUCACAUGAAAAAUACAAUUGCGGCAAAAAAUGUCAAGGAUUCUAUGAUUGCAAAAAUCACAAAUGCGAAAGAAAUUGCCACGAUAUCUCAAAAAAUGGGUGUGGAGAAUGUCCUCAAAGCAUUUCUCGCAUCAAAAAUUGUCUGUUUGGCAAAAAAUCGCUGAAAUCGAAUGAAAGAACUUCUUGCUUGGAUCCGAUUCCAACUUGCGGAUCGAUUUGUGAUAAAUUGCUAGAAUGUGGAAAUUAUGGAAAACCGCAUCGAUGUCGAGAAUUGUGUCACGAAGGAAAAUGUUCGCCGUGUAAAUUGAAUGCUGCGGUGAUUUGUAGAUGUAAAGCUAUGAAAACACAAAUGACAUGUGAAGAAUAUUUGGAUGUUUUGAGAAAUGGUAAGAUUAAUUUUAAAUUUGAAAAUGUUUCAACAUUUUUAUAUGAAAUUUUUAGAUUUGUCAUAGUCUCAAUAAAAAUGUUCUGUAUUGCGAGACAAAGAACAUUGUGAAUUGAGAAGAGAUCCGAAUAGUAUGAUCGAAUUGGAUGAUUUUUAUGAUUAUAGGUGAGCUGGUUUUGGGGGAGACAUUUGGGCUGAAAAUGUGUAGAACAAUCUCUUGAAUUAUGAUCAAAUUUUUUUUUCAUUAUCAGAAUUUAAAUCCUUGAAAAUUUAUGAUCAAAAUUUUCUAAAAAGCUUAGAACAGUGUUUUUUUCAGAUGAACAAUUAAUUUUUUUUUUUGAGAAAAGCACUAAUUUUUCACUCUAGUUUUUAAAAGUAUUGCUGGUUUUCAAGGAUAUACUUUUCAAAUAUUCAAAACAUUAUUGAAACAGUGAUGUUUUUGUUCAGUAUAAUUUUUAAAAAUUUAGUUUCGAAAAAAAUAGGAAAUUUAAUUUUGUCGUCAAAAAUUACUGUUUCAAGUAGUUCCUAAAUUAUAGUGUGCCUUAUAUUUUCAAUAUUUGUUUGCAGUUUUAUACACAAAACUAUGAUAUUAUUUUUUCCAAAACAAAACACAUUCAAACCCCUUAAUAAAAAAAAUAAAAUUUCAGUUCAAUGUACGAAAACGACGAAAUGAAUGAUCAAAUAAUCGAUGAUGGUUGGUCUUUGACACUUCCAUCUGGUGCAACUCUAGGACAUCGACAUCUUUUCCGAUAUUUCAAACAAUAUUUGAGACCAGUCGAUGGAACACAAAGGAUAUUAUCGAGAGCUGCGUUGGAGAAAGCAAGAGGAAUUUAUCCGCAAUUAGCAUGGACUGGAACUACUGGAGGUGGAGGUAGGCGAGAUUUUUGAGGGAGGAGAGGGAUGGAAAAAUUUGGAGGAUCUAUUCGGGUAAAAAUAUUUGAUCAACAAUUUACGAUUUAAAAACUAUGUUUUUUCAUCAAAAUAAAAUGAUUUUUGGGUUAAAACGGAUUUUGAACAUUACAUUUUUUCUACCGUUUCAAAGAGAUUUCAUGUGUUUUUUUUGAGAAAUUCCUAUUUUGAUUCUUUGUUGGAGGAUUUCGAAAAAAAUUAAAAUUAGUUUUUGAUAUUUUCUGAUCCGAAGUUUUUUUUUUGUUAAAUAAACGUUUUCAAUUUUAUUCCAUAAAAUGUUUAUUCAGUUCGAAAAUAAAUACUCCAUUCAGGGAAUUUCGACAAAUUACGUUUUUACUAUCUUUAAAAAAAACAAUUUCCAUCCUUUUUUUCUUCUCCAUAUCCCCUUAUUUUUGCAGUAAUCCAAGCUCGAAAAGUCGCCCGUGACAUGAAAUUCGUCGAAAGAUUCCGUCGUCGUUUCGAUCUUCGCGUCGCUUGCAAAUCCAACAAAUUGUUCAAAACUCGCGGAUUUGUUGGAGAUAAUCAUUAA